CAAAGAUGUCAGACAAAGAUCUGGAUGCCAUUAUCCAGGUGACCCAACAGGUGGUGGGCAAGUUCAUCAAGAAGCCUCCACUCACCGAGAAGCUGCUAAAGAAGCCCCCAUUCCGCUUCCUCAUGGAUGUCUUUAACAAUGUAAGUGGUUCUAUCAAAACCCCGAAAUCCUGCUUAAUGGCUCACCAGUUUAUCAAGCAAACCGGCAAGUUUGAUGGCUUGUACACCUCGGAGGAGCAGGAGUUUGAAAACAUAGCGUCGCGGGAGGAUAAGAUACGAUUCCUGCAAAAGAUGAUUGAUGCAGUCAAACUCACCACCAAGCAAGACCUCAAGGUGCGCACCUCCAAGAUAGUGGCUGGCCAGGAGCCAGAGCUCACCAAUGAGCUGCUCCAGGCAAUGGCCAGUGUGGCCGAGAAGAACCUAGACUGGGACAGCGCCGUCGACCAGGUGGUGAUUGCCCACAGCAAAACCCCCAUCGCCCUGCCGAAACCCUCGAAAGAGACCAAGACCUCCAGCAAGAAUCCCUCCCCUGCCAAUGGCAAGGAGGAGGAAUCAAAGCGGCGCAAAGAAAAGCGGACAUCGCCACAGGAGCAGAAGCUGCGUAAGACCACCACCGAGCCAGGAUCUCGGUCCACACCCACUGACAAGGAAAAGGACAAGACCAAGGCAGCCUCAAAGAAGGCGAAGAUACCGGGAGCUGAACCCAAACUCAGUCGGCAGGGUUCCAAACAGAAGAGUCCCUCGCCUGUCAAGCUUAAGUCCAAGGGCAACAAAGCCCAGCUCUCCACGGAAAGCGACAAUCCCAGCAUGUCCCUGUCGCCACCAAUGCCAGCCAAGCAUCCUGCAGCUCCUGAAACAGUUCCUACCGUAGUACCCAAAGAGUCAAAGGCAGAGCCUAGCCAGGAAGCAGCUGCACCUCCACCUCCCACUUUAUCUCCACCCACAGAGGCACCAGAGAGUAGGAAAUCCUCCGCCCAGCGUCGCAGUUCCGCCUCCUCAAACCGGAGUCGCCGCUCUAGUGGCACCCAAAGGCAGCCGGAGCCCAGUCCCACUGAAAUCCCAUCCCAGCCAGCUCUGCCGAAGGCUGAGGCCAAUCCUCCAGCAGAUUCCAACAACAACACUAGCGGUGAGCUGAAGCGGGAACUUACCAUGUCCAGGGAAAAUUCAAAGGAAUCAAAUCAGCGACCUAGGACCUCGCUGAGACCACCCUCUGCACGUCCUGCCUCCGCCCGUCCUGGUGCUCCGCGACGUCGCAAUGUGGAGAUCGUAUUGCAGCCCAAUGACCAGAUCAAGAUGUCAGGCAUCAAUGUGAAGCUGGAAACCUUCGGGGACCUGGACGAUGAUGGCGAGAACUUGGUGAUUAUUGAAGAUGCCAACUCUCACGAUAUUGUAGAGGGCAAUAAGGCAGAAGAUCCUUCGCUGGAGGGUCCGCUAGAUGCCCAGCAGGGUCGAUUGGUCCAGCAGAUCCUGGAGACCCAGAAGGAGUUGGUUCACCAAAACGCCGAGGUAGUGGAACCGUCUCCCUCGUCGGCGACCGUUCGCCAGAGUUCUGCCCGCCAGGUGAACGAUCUGCGUGAUGUGAUCCAGAGCCUGACGAAGGCAGUGAAUCCGCUGGGCAAGCUGCUGGACUUUAUACCCGAGGACAUUGAUGCAAUGCAACUGGAGCUGACCAUGUGGCGUGACACCUACACCCAGGCUGCCAUAGAGCUGAAAAGAGAGCGGAGCCUCACAGCCUCGGCCACGGAGCCCAUGAAGCACCAGUUGCAACAGAUCGAGGCAAGCAUUGUGGAGUACCAGGAGCUGGUCGAUGAGAGUCGCCACAAGAUACUGCAGAACAAUGCACGCAUCCUCAAGAUGCUGAUGGAGCAGUAGCUGAUUAGAAAGCCUAAAUAUUAAAGU